UUGCACUGUGGAGAAUGUGUUCAGCAAAAGAAAUUUCUACUAAUUUUGUGUUUGGCGAUUCUCUAGUUGAAGUGGGGAACAACAAUUAUAUUGCGACUCUCUCCAAGGCUGAUCAUCCUCCCUAUGGAAUUGAUUUCGGAAAGCCUACCGGGAGAUACACAAAUGGAAGAACCAUCAUUGAUAUUGCAGGUCAGACUCUGGGUUUAAAGGAGUUCACUCCUCCUUACUUGGCUCCCACAACAGCUGGAGCAGUAAUUCUGAGGGGUGUCAACUAUGCUUCAGGUGGAGGUGGAAUUCUUAACGAAACAGGAAAAUUAUUUAUUGGUAGAAUAAACUUGGAUGCACAGAUAGAUAACUUUGCAAAUACCAGAGAAGACAUUAUCUCAAGCAUUGGUCGUCCUGCAGCAGUAGAGCUACUUAGAAGAGCUCUCUUCUCGGUAACAAUCGGGUCAAACGAUUUCCUCAAUAACUACUUGUUGCCAAUUAUAACUGAGUUUAAGAGGAAGUUGAUACCUCCGGAAACCUUUGUUGGCAUUUUGAUUGCAAGAUUCAGACUACAACUCACAAGACUGUACAAUUUGGGUGCAAGGAAGAUGGUUGUAGUAGGUGUAGGACCUCUUGGGUGUAUACCCUAUCAAAUGGAUAUAAAUUUUGUUGCUGAUCCAGAUAGCUGUGUUGAACUUACAAAUCAACUAGCGCGGUCAUUCAACAGCAAGCUACAGACCCUCGUCACCGAACUAAACACAAAUCUAACUGGGGCGAAAUUUGUUUAUGCGAAUGUUUAUGGUAUCUUCCACGACAUCAUUGAGAACUACAAAUCAUAUGGUUUUGAGAAUGCAAACUCCGCGUGCUGCGGAUUUGGUGGGCGCUAUGGGGGUCUAGGCUCAUGUGGUCCUCAGCCAUCAGAAGUUUGUGAGGACCGGUCUAAGUAUGUGUUUUGGGACGCUUACCAUCCUUCUGAGGCAUGUAAUAUGAUCAUAGCAGGGCGUCUCUUGUAUGGGAACUCCAGCGAUAUUUCACCCAUGAAUAUUGUGCAACUCCUCCAAUCUUCUUGAUCUGCACUCAAAGGACGUAUUAUUAGUUCAUGAAACACAGAACAUUAAUAACAAUGCAACUGAAGAGAAUGGUAACUAUUUGCGUAAGGAUUGCCCAAAAGAGUAGCCAAAAUCAUUGGAAUAUUUAUUGGUUGAUCUUG